UGUCGAUCUUCCUGUUCCAAGAAGCGAAGAAUAUCAUAAUCAAAACCCACAGCCCUUAUUUCAUAUUCCUCACCAAACUGAAAGUGUUCGAAGAAAAGACCAAUUUUAAAAAUGGCAAUGGCAGCAGCAGCAACAGCAAAAAUAGCAGCUCAAAAAUCCACCUUCCUUUCAUCUCAGAAACACCCACGCUCCCCUCCAAAUCCCACCACCUUCCCCAAAUCCCUAAAACUCCCCACCUCAUCUUUCCCACUCUCUCUAAAACACUUCUCUCCCUCCACUCCUCUCAUCCCCUUAGCUACCGCAUCGCCCACCCCAACCACAAACACUUUCCACGGCCUCUGCUACGUCGUCCACGACAACAUCGACACCGAUCAGAUCAUCCCAACUGAGCAUCUCACCCUCGUCCCCUCCAAACCGGACGAAUACAGCAAGCUCGGUUCCUUCGCCCUCGUCGGCCUCCCUUCCUCUUCUUACCCCAUCCCCUUCAUCGACCCCGGCCAGUCCCAGACCCGGUACUCGAUCCUCAUCGCCGGCUCCAACUUCGGCUGCGGCUCCUCCCGUGAGCACGCACCCGUUGCGCUUGCCGCCUCCGGCGUCCGUGCCGUCGUCGCUGAGUCCUACGCCCGAAUCUUCUUCAGGAAUUCCGUGGGGACGGGUGAGGUUUACCCGGUCGAGUCGGAGGGCCGACUGUGCGAUGAAUGCACGACUGGGGAUGUUGUCACCAUCGAGCUAGAAGAAUGUAGGUUGAUCAAUCAUACGACUGGCAAGGAGUAUCGAUUGAAGGCCAUUGGGGAUGCAGGGCCCGUCAUCGAGGCCGGCGGGAUUUUCGCUUAUGCAAGGAAGGCAGGAAUGAUUGCGCCAAAGUAGUUUUCCAAGAAAAGGGGAUUUGGUUAGGUAAUUUUCAUUUUCUUUUUCUAGGCCGCCUUCUUCUCGUCCUUUGUAUUUUAGGGACUGUUUGGAUGAUGGUAGCAUUUUUAAGCAUGUAAUCCUAUUUAGAGGUAAGCUGUAAGUCACUUGUUAACUUUA